AUGCAGCGGGACGAAUGGGACGAGCAGAGCGAGCUGCGGGAGCUCAACGCCCGCCUGGAGCUCUACGUGCGGCGGGUGCUGGACUUGGAGCAGGAGAACCGGCUCUUGGCGCAGGAGCUGGCCGCCUUGCGCGGCCGGGAAGGGCGCGCCUGCCGCUGGCAGGAGACGGAGCAGGAGGUGGCCGAGCUGCGCUGGGUGGUGGCCGACCUGAGCCGGGCUAAAGGCGAAGCCGAGUUGGAGCGCGAAGCGCUGCGCCGAGAGCGGGACCAUUUGGAGAGGCUGAGCGCGCAAGCCGGGGAGCUGCGCCGCCGCCGCCUGGAGCCCGAGCUGGCCCGGCAGCAGCAGCAGCUGGCGGGGCUGCUGGCCGACUGCGCCGCCCUGGAGGCGCUGCUGGAGCAGCUGCUGGGCGAGCACGAGCGGCUGCGGGAAGCGCGCAAGCAGCUCCCGGCCGCGCUGCUGCCUGCCCCGCGCGUCCUGCGGGCUGGGCGCGUGGAGCGGCGGCGGCUGGAGGCCGACUACGCGCUGGAGCUGCGCUGGAGCUGCGCGCAGAGCCUGGAGCGCUACGAGGCCGAGCUGCGGGCGCUGCAGGAGCUCGAAGGCCGCUUCGGCCACCGAGAGCUGCAGAAGCUGCGCGCCCAGAGCCAGGAGAGCCGCCGCCGCCUCGAGGAGCUGUGGCGCCGCUGCCAGGAGCUUUGCGCGCUGGGCGAACGGCUGGAAGAGGAGCGGCUGGCGCAGCAGGAGCGCCACGGCGCCGAGCUGGCCGAGUACCAGAUGAUAAUUGAAGCCCUUGAAGAAGAGAAGAACUACUUAACCGUGUCCAUUGCAGAGUACCUGAAGGAUUACCAUGAACUCCUGCAAGUGAAGGCCGCCCUCAGCCUUGAAAUUGCAACUUACAGAGUUUUGCUAGAAGGAGAGAAUAAUCAAUGGAUUCUCAUGUGGAAUGAAGAACAUGGAAGAAAAUUACCCCAAGAUGACCGAAAACUACGUUACGAAUACAGCAACCGAUACUCCGCUUAUCAACAGGAGAAAGGAAAGAGAGCUCUUCCCGCGAUUCCAAAUGUUGACCUAAGAUACAAAUUCCCACAAACAAAUAUUAGCCGCUCGGUGGUUUCUUCAUCUAGGACAGAAAGUGCUGCGAAGCAAACAGUUUUCCCCGAGAAAAAAGCGCUCCCAAAGGAACCCUUCGGGUUGGGACAGCAUCCUUCAGCUGCCGCCAAAAAGUACGUGACUCACGAAAGAAGCCUCAUAGGACAAAGAGAAAGACAGAGCUUUAUGUCGCCUUACCGGAUGAGCAGAGAAGGUGACGGUCAGCCAAGACCACCAGCGCCUGAAAGGAAGACUACCGAAAUGGGAAGUAUGGUGUCUGCUUUAAAAGAGUCCACCAUCCUUCAGAAGCAAAUGAGAAGGCCAAUGAGUUCUGAAGGCAUCAAGGCAACAGUGAUCGUCUCUCCACCUCUGCCUUACAGCUCAACCUCUUCUUCUAAAGGAGGUCAGUAUGAGACGGAAGAGAUUUUGGGUCAGAUCAAUAAACUAAUCAAAGAGGGCAAACCAGGAAAAGAAGAAAAAGACCUUUUGGUAGAAGGAGUUGAGCAGAAGGUGACCAAAGAAGCAACAGGUUCUGCCAUGAAGAACGAUGAGAAAUUGAAGGGGGUAGAAAAACAUGUUCAAAAGAAAGUUGAAAUUAAGGAAAGUGUGGAUAACAAAGAGAAUACAGUGGAACAGGAUAUCUUUAAAGAUAAGACAAAAGAAGAGAAAUUAAUGAAAGAUAAGAGGCCUUCUAGAAGAUGGGAGGAACAGGUUAAAGUGGAGGCAGAAGAAAGAAAGAAUCCAGAAAUCACAGCAACAUUUGGAAGGGAGAAAAUUGUGAGCAUCUCCUCAAAAAGCCAAGAAACUGUCGAAAUCCCCGUUCAUUCAGGACACACUGAAGGCAAAAUCCUAAAGAAGAAUCACAACACAGAGAUAACACUACAAGACCUCAAAACUUCUCCAGAAAAAUCAAAAAGUGGAACUGAAUUUAAACUCGGCAAUGAAAUAACUCAGGAUAAUAUAAGCAAAGAAGAGAAUUCUAAAGUAGAUACUUUACUCACUGAGAGUAUAGCAGAGAACAUCGUUUCUGACAUCCUUAAAGGUUUUGUACAAAAGUCUUCAGAGGAAGGACUUCCUCCUGAAGCUAAAAUAACUGAAAAGAAAGACAUUUCUGAAGAUGGAAAAGUGAAAACCGAGUUCAGCAUAGAGUCCACAGUUCAAAGAGAUGGACUUGGCAUGUCUAAUAAGUCUGAAUUGGAAAGUUUCUUAGAGAAAGAUAUUAAAAAAGUAUUGGAUGAUACUAAAGGAAGUUUAGAUGAAAAUGUCAUAGAAGGUAUAAUUAAUGCUGGGAUGAAAGGAAUGGAAGACAAGGCCAAAAGGACUAUUAAAGUUGAAAUAAUUGAAGAGCCUGCAACUAUAGUUGAUGAAAAGGUGGAGUUUUCAACACCAUUUGAAGUAGAAGAAGCAGAAGAUAUGUUACUCAAUUUGAGAGAACAUCCAUAUUAUAGUGAUAAAGAGAAAGCGACCACAAGUGUCGCUGGAGACCUUAAGGAAAAACAAGCCGAUGAGAUUGUGCCUCACGUGGAAGAAGUAUCUGAGGGGGAUGAGGUAGUGGAUGAAGAAAAGUAUUUUGUUUCCACUCCAGAUGAAUACCCAUUUGGAUAUGUGGAAGGAGAAAGUUCUACCUAUGGUCAAAUCCAUUUUGAAGAAGAAUCAAUUGUCAAAUAUGCUUGGCAAGAUGAAUUUCUGGAAGGGUCUCAAACCAACAUAAAGGAAACCAUGGCUUCACCAGAAUUGAUUUAUCAAGUAAUUGGUGCAGAUGCCAGACCCUUUAUUUCAAAGGCAGAAUCCCCAAAAGAAGAGGUGGCCCAUGCUGAAUCUGUAGUUAUUAAGAAGGAGAUUAAAAUCCCACAUGAAUUUCAGGAGUCAAUAAAGGAGGUUUUUUCUCAAAAGGCAAAGGACCCUAAACAUCAGUUGAAAGAGGCACUAGGAAAACUGGAAGCAACUCUUCCAGAACACGUGAAACAAGAACUCGGUGAACUCACAAAAGAGGACAAAGCUGAUUCUAGUACUUUGGAAGUGGAUAUUAAAAAAGUAGAGCAUCCCGAAAAAGAGGGUCUAUUUACUAUUGUUGCAGAAGUUAAUUUAUCCCAGACAAUAGACUCUGAUCAGUUGAGUACAGAAUUGCUUGGUGAAGUUGUGACCAAGCAGAUAAAAUUUCCCAAACAGUCACCAAAGGAAGGUAGCUUUGUUCAAUAUAUACAAGAACCAGAAACCUGGCAGGAUGAAAAACAUCAAGCAGAUGUUUCCUCCACACUUUGGACCACAGAAGAAACCAGUAAGAGAGAAGAGGCCUAUCCUUCUAAGGAGUCAUUUGAUAUCAACAGACGCAUCAGGCAUGUUGUAGUUGGUCCAACUGAAAUUCGCAAGACUGAACAUGUUUUUUAUGAAGGUCCUAUUUCUGAAACUUUAGAGUUUGGAACAAUGGACUUUACAACAGGAGUCUCAGGAGAUGCAGGUCAAUUCAUGAAGUCAGUGAAGCUGAGUCCUGAAACAAUGGAAACCACAGAAAGAAUAGUUUACAGAAGUCCUAUUUAUACAUCUGAAGAAGUGAGUUAUCCUGAAAAUUCUACUCAGACCCAGGUUUCAAGUGAUAUUAGAUCCUCCAAGCAUAUCACAUUGGAUUCAAAACAAAUUGUUGAAGAGGCCACUUUUGAGGGAUCAGCUUCAGACUUGUCAUCAGAUAAUAGCAGGGAUAUCUUUUCCAGGAUGGAAGAUCCCACAGCAAUCAGCACAUCAAUAAGACACAUUCAAAUAGAUCCCAAAGAAGUACAUAUUGAACGAGAAAUAUAUGAAGGGCCUUUUCCCACUGGACACUAUGAUCUGUCUGAAGAAACAGUAAAAAAGAUUACAUUAGGACAGAAGGACACACCAACAUCUGACCAAAACAUUUAUGAAGGUUCCUUCAGCAAGACAUCAGAUGAUGCUUCAAUCAAGCUUGGUGAGGAGAAGGUGCUGGAUGUUAACACUACAAUCAGACAUAUUAAAUUAAGUCCAAAGGAAUUUGUAAGUGAACAAGUUGUUUUUACAGAGCCCAGUUCUGAACAGCACCAAAAGGUUAGUGAAUGGGGGCAGAUGUUUCCUUCUGAAGGGUCAGUACAUCAUAUUAAACUAGGGCAGAAAGAAGUCCAGAGCCAUGACAUCAUGUCCCAAGGUUUUGUUUUGCAAUCUCCAGGAACUCUUUCUUCAAAAGAAGACACCUUGGGAAAAAUAAGUCCUGCAGAGAUCAGCAGAUCAACACAUCACAUUCAGAUUGGGCAAGGGCUCCAUGGUCCGGAUGCUCAACCCUUCAGCGGUAUGGAGUUUCCCCCUACAGAUGGCCCAUCAGAAAACAGUAGACCUGUUGGACAAAUCAAACUAGGACAGAAAGAAGCAUCCUUCACCUUCCACAUGGACAUAAGCAAAAUGGCUGGGAGAGAACCACAAGCUACCUUAGUUGUAUCAAGUAGGAAAGAGGCAGGCAACGGUCAGCCUGAAGGCAGCACGGAAGAGGCUUGGAAAGACCCAGAAGGUGAACAGAAGUUAGAGGCGUCCACGUUUGAUCAGACGGUGCAACUGCAAAGAAUGGUUGACCAACGAUCAGUGAUUUCGGAUGAGAAGAAAAUUGCCCUCCUCUACUUGAAUGAAAACGAGGGGGAAGAGGAGGAAGAAGAGGGACCCUGGUUUUAAACAGUAAAAUUUCCAAGAUUUGUUUUUAAAGCCUAGAAGCUUCAUUGCUGCAUCGUUGAGUUUUAAGCCUUGGGAUUUCUCAUCAUUUUGCCCUUAACAAGGAACUGAGGACUUGGAGCGUACAAUUUUCUGAUACAAUAAUAUUUUAGCAGCAUUCUUUGCUCAAAUUAUGUUAGAUUUCAUUUGACGGAUGCUGCGGACUCUCAAAGAGAUUUUU